AUGCCAACGCGCUGUUUCACCCGCCGCAUUAGAGACAUCAAAAACAAAUUGUUUCAGAAAAUGUUUCAAUACGACUAUGAAAAGCGUCCGCCAUCUGCAAAUUCGUGUGACAGCCGGGCUACGGUGCCAACCGACUGGAGCCGGAGAUACCCGAACGUGCCCGAACCCACGCCGAAUGCUCGUCGACCGCUCCCACCCAGGCCGAGCGCCUGUCACAGGAUUCCUGAUAAAACUACUGUUCCCCUAAAAGUCUGGAUCAUCGCUAGUGCAUCCUGCUUUGCCGUUUGCGCAGCUCUGGUCCUCGCCACUGUAUUCAUCACCAAAUGGGGAACAGGUGAAACGUAUACCACCAGGGAGGUGAUUAAAGCACCGGCUCCAAUUCAUUCAAAUGCCCUCCCUGAACCAAUGGGCUUCGAUACUUCAUCAGGGGAAGACUUAGAGAACCUACCUGUUCUGGAAAAAUUAUCGAUAUUUAAAAAUAUCGUCGCAAACAGAGAACACAAAAAUCUAAUAUCUAAACCACAAAUUCAUCCAAUCCACGAUGACAUUCUACACGAAGAGAGAAACAUAAGGAAGAAAGAUAAAGCCGUAUUAGAAAACGGUGAAAUCAAUAAGGAAAGAGUUGAAGUAAAAGAUAAAAUGGAAUUCGUAAAAGAUAAAAUGGAAUUCGUAAAAGAUAAAAUGGAAUUUGUAAAAGAUAGACAACCAGUUGUGGAUAAAGAUUUACUACAGGAGAAUGACGUUCGUAAUGACGUUUUAGACUUGCCAAAAUUCAAACCGAUUUUAUCCAAUUUGGGUCGUAAUAUCGAUAUGGAUUUGUCUUUGGGAUUCGACGCCAAAGAAGAUUAUGUUUACAAUGACGAGAAUUUCUAUGACGAUUAUAUGCAGUCAAAUACCAUGACAAGUUACUUAAUAGAGAAGGUCCAGGAACUGCAUGAUUGGGUUUCAACUGAUACUGAUCUUAAUAGCGACCAUACCACAAGCGGAACAGAUUUCAGUUCGCUUCUAAAAGCCUUGAACGAAACCAUGGUUGAUGGGAACCUCACCAUUGUGAUGUCUAAGCUCAAAGACAUGUAUUUUGGUGAGAACUACACCAACGCCAAUAAUAGCUCAAGAAAGGUCAUCGUCACGAACAGCACAGAUUUGCUCUCAUUCGGUAUCCUGACCCUGGAUGUGAUGUUGCUACAUAAUAUACAGCUGAUGGCUUGGGAGAACCAGGAAACAGCCAGGAUCAAAAUGUUGCAAGACCCUGAUGUCUUCGCGUUCAACGCAUUGUUUUUGGACCCGAGCAAGAUGGAGGCCAAACAGAACGAGUUGCAUGAUGGGUCAUUGUUUUUAAAACGUCUAAUGCCGCGACAAGACCCCAUCGACGACAUGGACAUCGGCAAGAACUUCCUCGAGAAUAUUCUAGAAGUUGGUAUGAGCACAGCUCGUGCUGCUAUACACUUAGGCAGAGCUUACAAGAACACCAAAAACAUUAUAGCUCAACUACAAAACAAAGAUCUCGCCGUCCAAUCACCGAUAUCUCGUAACAUCGACGCCAAUACGCACGCUUUGAACCACCUGCAAACGUCAUUUGACAGUACCAGUGUUACCAACGCCAAUAAUAGUAGCGAUGGUAGUUUUUAUACGGAGCUGGACUGUGUGUGGCUGCUUUACUGCCGCAAUUUGGUAGCAACGACUAAAUUAAACGCUCCGUAUGGUACUAUGGCAAGAAUUAAUGGAGUUGCACUGAGGAUGUUGACGGGAGAGCUACCGUCGAAUAGAGCUCUCGACACCAUGCUUUACGAAGUACUAACGGGGUGGACAGAGUUAAAAUGCAAUGAAAUGUUCCCGAGGUGCAGCAAAGUCAAUGCGGCCUCAGUUGUGAUGGAUUCCCUUCUCCAAGGACACAGAAAACCGUCUGCAACUAACAGAGGCCGAUGA